AUGGUUCUGUCUCGCCUAAGGUGCCUGGACGGCCACAUCCUUGCAAAUGCCCUGAUCUGGUUCCCGAUAGAAGCUGCUCAUUGGCUAUUGGGGCGAGGAGGCGCACAGUCCCGACACCACAUCCGCCGACAUGCGGUGGAUGGUAGGAUAAAGAUUUGUGGUUGGUUCGGGAGACACAGUUCGCUUUUCGAAGCCGGUGUUGUUCAAAGUCCAGCGAUGUUUACCGUAUUGAAGCUGAAGUUCAGUUGGACGAGAAGUGGAGUAGCAUCUGGUGUGGUUGCCAGUGCCGCGGCAAGAGCGAACGGGGCGCCGGUAUUCUCCACCCAGCCGUAUCGCAGGCAAGGGACCCGUUAG